AACGAUGUUAGUAUAUUCACACUGGCUCACACCUUAUUGAAAUCGACUUUAACAAUCUGUUGUAAAAACAAACACUAAUUUGCAGAACAAAUUUUGCACAUUUUUCUUCAAAUUUAAUUUUUUAUAUUAAAUAUUAAGUAAAUAUUUUAGAAAUGACCGCCGUUCCUCCACCCACAAAUGUUUCUACCUUGCUGCCUCUUGAAUUAGUGGACAAAUGCAUUGGUUCUCGCAUACAUAUUAUUAUGAAGAAUGAUAAAGAAAUGGUUGGAACAUUAUUGGGAUUUGAUGAUUUUGUAAAUAUGCUGCUGGACGAUGUGACUGAAUAUGAAAAUACUCCCGAAGGAAGACGUAUAACAAAGUUAGACCAAAUUCUUUUGAAUGGCAACAAUAUAACUAUGUUGGUGCCUGGAGGUGAUAUACCGGAGUAGUGAUUUCCCAUAUGCUGAAAUAAUAUAUUUUUAAUUCAUUAAUUAAGAAAACACAAAUGAUUUAAACAAUAGUUUGUUUUCGAACAAGUUACUUCUUGUUGGAAAAAGUCGACUAUUUGGUAAUCGAUUAAUUUGUAGAAAAAAAGUCGCAAAGUCAAUAGUCAAAUUAAAAAUAAUUUAGAUUUGAUAUUAAUUCUAAAAUUAUAAAAACCAAUUAAA